AUUACUCCCACUAUCGGAUUCACAUCUUAAACAUCGCAGUGUUACGACAAGACACGGCUGAAACCGGGCCAGGCGUAUGGACAGGCGGCCGUAGCUUCGGGACCCCUCAUAUCCGUGCUCAAAACGGAUUACCACCGAGUAUUUUUUUUUAUUUUACACGUAAUUUCGCACCUAUCCGGGCUCUUUCUACGCGCUAUUCCCUCCACUGCAGGGCCUCUUCAGUUUGCUGAAAAAAGUGGGUGUUUGCUCACUGGUGUUUAGGCAGCAGCGGCGGCGGCAGCGAGCACAGCGAAGUGUCCUCGAUGGCUGGCUGGAAGGACGGCUCGGUGCAGGAGAAGUAUCGCCUGGUUGUGGUUGGAGGCGGAGGUGUCGGGAAAUCAGCCCUGACGAUCCAGUUCAUCCAGUCGUACUUUGUCACCGACUAUGACCCCACAAUUGAAGACUCCUAUACCAAGCAGUGUGUGAUUGACGAGAGGGCGGCCAGGCUUGACAUCUUGGACACGGCUGGACAGGAAGAGUUUGGAGCCAUGAGAGAACAAUACAUGAGGACAGGGGAGGGCUUCCUGCUCGUCUUCUCUGUCACUGACAGAGGAAGCUUUGAAGAAAUCUACAAAUUCCAAAGACAGAUUCUCCGGGUCAAAGACCGAGAUGAAUUCCCCAUGAUCCUUGUAGGAAACAAAGCAGAUCUUGAGCUACAAAGACAAGUAACUCAGGAGGAGGGCCAGCAGCUGGCCAGACAGUUGAAGGUCACAUAUAUGGAGGCUUCAGCCAAAAUCCGCAUGAACGUAGACCAGGCUUUCCACGAGCUGGUUAGAGUAAUCAGAAAAUUCCAGGAACAGGAAUGCCCACCGUCACCAGAACCGACGAGGAAAGAGAAAGACAAGAGCGGCUGCCAUUGUGUGAUCGUCUGAGUAGGCCUUAUCACUGUAACUCAUGCAGCUAUUCUCGACCACCCCACCCACUCUGCCUGACAUCACAUCCUCUGUGGAUGACUGACCGCUGCCUUCUCCACGUGCAUGACUUCAGACAGCUUUUUUUCUGAGAACUGCUGUCCCCAGGACUUCACUAUAGACAACUGACAAUGCCAAAUUUUAACACCACUCUACCUUCAACAGUAAUCUGAUUUCACACGAGAGAGUCCCAACACUAAACAUUGCCUUCUAAAUCAGCUUGGAAAAAAAAAAAUAAUGUUUUAUAUUCUGAAGGACUUCUCUUGCCUUGUAGUGACAUUUGUACUUCUUGCCGAGAUUGAAUGAGAAAUAUAUAUCCAGAAUGUUAAUGAGUUUCUUUUGUUUCCAGUGUCUGACCAGAGCACAGAGAUUAUCUUAUGAAGCUUUGUGUAUGUUGUGCCAUAUCCAUUUUUACUCCCAUGUGCUAAUCUGCUACUGUACAUAUGUGACAUUUGUUGUGAUUUUCAAAGUGUAUUUCUAAUGACCUAUUAAAUCACCACAGUACAGUGUGUGAGGUUGAGUUUGGUUUUACAUAUAUGAAAAUAAAUAUAAAAGUAUGUAUAUGUAUAUGUACAUAUAUAUAUAUAUAUAUAUAUAGAUAUAUAUAAUGCCUAGAUAGCCCUUAAAGUUACAAUGAUAGAUCUUUCUGGCAUUCUGCAGUGGAUUCAUUACUUUGUAGAUUCUGCUUUCAUCUCAAUUGCCAAAUAUGGAGUGUUUGCUAUAUUUGCUUUUUUAAAGUCUUAUAGAUUAUAGGGUUCACAUCCUAUGCCAUCUCCUCUUAAUGUGCUGAAACUAGCAAAUUUGUCUGAACCUAUCCUUGUCAGUUUCUUUCCUGUCGGAGGCGGUGGUUCAGUCAACAUUGAACACCAUUAUGUUCCAUUUCCAACCUCUAGGAAGCAGUGAAGACGAAAUGAUUUGUAGCAUAUUGCGUAGCUUUCAGAACUAACAUUAUAUCAGAUUGGAAUUGAACACUGUAUGCUCUGUUUUCAGCUUUUGCCAGGUAGUGUCAAUUAAACCAUGUGCGGCAUGUCACGAAGUUUCAAAGCUCAGUUCAGAUCAUUCCUAUGUAAGGCAUCAGCUCUUUUGGACAUUAGGUCUACGAGACGGAUCGGGUAACAUACACUUGGAUUCUGUUUAGCUGUUUUAUCAUUCCAAUGACAUGGUAGCGAUAAUGUUUUUUUUUUUUUUUUUUAUGUCCUUGAAUUAUUCGGUUACGUAACUUUUGCCCAAGGAUCUGUCAUUUGGUUGGGAAUCAUGACCAGCAGACACAGUGAGAUGUUCACCUUAAUACAACACGUCUCCCCUGGGACAUGAACUCAUCGGACCUGCCACCUGUGGAGUUACCAUCACCACAGACAUAAUACUGUUUUGCCUUCCCUUUCCACAUCUGUAUUUCUUUUUGGGCAUACAAAUGAAGUAUUGCAGGUUCCUUUUCCUUUUCCUUUUUUUUUUUUUAUCAUCAUCUUGUAAUAUAAAACAAAAAGAAAAUCAGAUGAUGGAAGUAAUGGACUUGAUUAAAUGUUUUUACUCUACUUUUAUACAUUAUUUUCUUAUCAAACUAGUUGACAAGUAUUUUUAUAUGUUUAUAAGUGAAUACGCUUUCACAGCACAGCUGUGUAUAUAUGUAAAGAGGAAUAUUUAAUUCACUCGAUUGUUUUUAACCGAAAAUGACUGUUGGCCCAAAUUUACAAAAUUGGAGUCUUUACCCAGAUGUGAUAAAGAAUGUUUUUCUUGUAGUGGCUUAGCUAAGGAAGCGUUGAUCUUGAGAUGUUCACCGUCAGCUCAGAGUGUAAAAUGUCGGAUCAGAUAGGAAAAAGUUUUAGAGAUGAUUCGGGUCUUUACAAAUGAGCUUUAAAUCACACAAACCAAUUAUUCUUAUCACAGAGAUUUGACAGAACCGCCUCCCAUCUUUUUGCAAAUUCUAGUGUACAUCUAAAUCAUACUGUUUUGUUUUUUUGUUUUUUUUUUUUUUUUUUUUUUCAUGUCCAUGUCCCUUGCCCCAUGUCUAGCUUCUGGUGCUAUAAUAAAAUCUGUCAUUGAGCCAAA